UUUGCAGUGGAAGUCCUGCAGAACUUGUAUGACGAUUAUCUAGCUUAUUGUUUUCUUUGUAUUGAGACAGGGGAUGUAACUUGUUUAGCCACUGUUCCGGUGGACAUGAAAGCAGAAGCCCACUUCAUUGCAAAGGAGGAUGGGGUCAUUGCUGGAAUUUCUUUUGCAGAGAUGAUUUUUAAUGAGGUUGAUCCAUCAUUAAAGGUUGAAUGGUCUCAGAAAGAUGGAAACUAUGUUCACAAAGGCAUGCAGUUUGGCAAAGUAUAUGGAUGUGCAUGCAGCAUUAUUGUGGCAGAAAGGGUUGCCCUCAAUUUUAUGCAAAGAAUGAGUGGAAUAGCAACACUUACCAAGGUAGCUUUCCAUGUAUCAACUAAUAUUCCAUGGUCUUUUUUCCAGCCUCAAUCAGAAUAGCUUUACAUUUUGCAUGGUUCUUCAUGCACAUAUUCAUUGUGUUGUGUUGGGUUUGCUAGGGUUGUAGUGGUAAGAUAGCUGAAAUUAUACUGCCUUUUUUUGUAAAGUCCAUCUUGAAUUUGUAAAGAAAACAUAAACAUAAAU